AUGGCGGCAGUGAGGUGCGGGGGAGGCGUAGGCCACGUGCGGCGGUUGCCAAGCGACGCGGGCGGGGGCCGCGUUCCCACGCCUCUACCCUCCCCACCUCACCUCACUGCUCGGCACUCGCGAGCCCGGAAAGUGCAAACUCCGGACCGACAGUCAGUCCUAGUGAUCGCCCACGGAGGGAGUUCUUGUGUCUUAUCCAUCUAG